AUGAGUGAGCUUCUUGGUAUUCCGCUCAAACGUACUUUAGAAGUUGAUUUUGUCACAGAGCUGUCAAAACUAAUCGAUGCUACAUCCUUUCAAACUGCAUCCUUUUUCCAAUCGGAUAUAUCUAAAGUCGCUGCCGCAAGGAACAAUGCCAUAACUCCUGAUAUCUCAGAUAGUGGACUCGAUGCUUUGAAAAAGUACUACGCGAUUCUGCUUCAAUUGGAGAAGAAGUUCCCAAACAAUCAGAUUGAAUUUAAAUGGUUCCAAACAUUAUCACAGAAAUCACAUGGUUGUGGCCAGUAUUCAUUGCAAUGGGAAAAAUUAACCAUCAUUUAUAACAUUGGGUGCAUGUAUUCAUUGUUGGCGUUGGAUAGCAACAGCGAUUCGGCAGAAUCCUUAAAAAAAUCAUGCCUUUACUUCCAGAAUGGCGCCGGGUGCUUUAAGUAUGUACUGGACCAUCAAGCAACUCUCAAGACAGAGACAGUAGUUGAUGAUUCGACAGCUAAAGCAUUGACCUCAUUAAUGCUGGCACAAGCGCAGGAGUGUUUUUGGUUCAAAGCUGUACAAGAUAAACAUAAAGACUCCUUGAUCGCAAAGUUAUCACAACAAAUCGUGGACUUUUAUGCUGAAUCCAUAAGGGACUCCCAGAAAGGUAAACUCAUCAGAAAUGAUUGGACCAAUCACUUGAAGGCUAAGAAGGCCUAUUUUGAUGCAGUGACUUAUUACAGAAUGGCAUUGUCUUUUAACGAAAAGAAGCAGUUCGGUAGCAUGGUGAAAGCUUUGCAGACCGCACUAAAAUUUGUUAAUGAAUCAACGUUAUCUUCAAACGCGAAGUUCAAAACUGUGAUUGAAUCUGCUCUGAAAGAAGCUCAAAGGGACAAUGAUUUCAUUUACUUGCAACAAGUUCCCACUGAGUUACCAACGAUUCAACCGGCUUCUAUGGUUAAACCAACUCCCACCGUAGGCUUAUUACCAUCCAUCGGCGAUAGCGAGCUGUUGUUCAAAGACCUAAUUCCGAUAGAGGUUAUGGAUUAUUGUACGGCUUAUAAUGAAAGGCAAGAUAAGUACAUUGAACAACGUGUUACAAAUCCUCUCACUUCGUUAAAUAAAUUACUCAAGGAGUCCAUGACUACCUUCCAAAUACCACAGGAAAUUAAAACAAUUAGCGAAACCGAACUAAAACAAUACCAAGCGUCGCUCAAUAAUCUUCAAGUGAAUAAUAAAAAUAUACAAAGUGAAUUAGAUAACAUAACUAAUAUUUUGAAUGAAGAAGCCUUGAGUGAUAACCAACUCCGACUAAAGCACGGGACUUUACAUUGGACUUUACCCGAAUCAUCAACUAUCAACGCAAUAUAUUACGAUAAAUUGAAUAAACUCAAAGAAUACAUCAAUCAAGGUAGUGCGAUUGACAAACAAACGAAUGUGCUGUUUCAGACCAUUGACAAAGCUUUGAUAACAUCGGAGAUCAAAUUACCGGUAUCCAACGACCCCUUAACAAAUAAAAUCAAAAAUGUCAUACAGGAGAGAAGCGAGCAUAUUGAAAAGACGAAGCGUAGGUCUUCUGAAUAUAGAAUACUUCCAAAAAUUAUUUCAUCGUAUAAAAAAAGUGGCACAACAGACUUUGAACCCAUUUUCAUAGAACAUUUGAAGUAUUUUGAUGAAGAUCUGAGAUACGUUGAUAGUACGAAGCAAGAAAAUAUGAAGUUGAUCCAUGAGAUACAGUUUAAGGAGGAGAAUACAACAAAUAAAAACGGUGUAGAAACCAAAAAAAUGGAAAGAACAGAUCCCAGAGAGUUAUAUAUUGAAGAUCUGAAAUAUUCUCUACGGUUGCUCGAAGAGGUAAAAGAUAAUCUAAAUGCCGGGACCACCUUUUAUGAAAAUUUAAUCAACUCUACAAACACAUUUUGCAAUGAAGUACGAGAGUUUGAUGAGACAAGAAGAAUUGAGAAAACAAAGCUUGAUGAAAGCCUCAUACUUGAAGGGCAAUAA